UGUGCCGGUGACAUAUUUAAAUCACCCGCCUGUGACCCAAGAGCUACAUCCUCCGAUUUCUCAGCGCCGUAUCAUUUGUGGUUUUUCGGAUUCUAUUCCGAGUCUUUUUCUUCGCGGGGUUCCUCUUUUUUUUUUUUCCUUCUUCUACCUUCCAGACGCUUUCUAUUCGGCUUUUGGAUGUUGGACUUAGAGUAAGCUGUGACUACUGAAGUAAAUUAAGGACCAGUUAUGUGCUACAAUAUGAUGGAUUGCCACGUGGUGCUUAAACUAUUGCCGCAAAUAGAUGAAAUUUGUUCCUUCCUUUGAUUUAAGGAUGAAAAUUGAGGCGAGUCUUGUCUCAUCCAUUGCAAGUUCAAGUGCAAGGCAGCAUAGUAGUGCAGAGGUAAAGGAAGAUAUAUCUAAACCAUUAAGAGUCCUACUGCCUACUUGUUUGGAGGAGGUAUAUCCUAAGUUGCCAGAUUCUCAACAGGUUUCAAUGGAACGAGAACUGGUAUCAAGGCCACUUGUUCAUUCCAACCAUUUACACUCUAGCAGUGGAGUAGUUGGCAAUAUAUUUUCAUCUUCUCCAGGGUUUUCAACAGAUCUUCACUACUCAUCCGUUUCGUUUUAUGAAAACCAAUCAUCAACAAACCAUCCUACUGGUGAAAAUGUCAAUUCCUGGUGUACGGAUGCACUGCCAGAUUUUCUGGAAGCUCCUGAAAAUAACCCUGUUGGCAAUAGUCACGUAGAAAACAAUAGUUGCAGCUCUCUUAUGGUUUCAGAUGAAUUCAGUAAAGAAAAUGAUUGGCAGGAUUGGACAGAUAGACUAAUAACUGAUGAUUCAUUGACUUCUAAUUGGAGUGACCUUCUAGUGGAUGCCAAUGUUGCAGAUUUGGAACCAAAGAUAGCGUACCAAGCAUCUAAACCAGUGAUAAAAAUGCAAGUGCAGCAGUCUCAAAUUCAAAGUCAGCUUCCUUCUUCUGGGGAAAUUUCUAUGAUUGCUACCUCAACUCCCUCUUCAAAUGGAGCUCCCUCCAAGCCACGAAUGCGAUGGACACCAGAACUUCAUGAUGCAUUUGUAGAGGCUGUAAACAAACUUGGUGGCAGUGAAAGAGCUACUCCAAAAGGUGUUCUAAAGCUUAUGCAAGUGGAGGGUUUGACAAUCUAUCAUGUGAAGAGCCACUUGCAGAAAUAUAGGACGGCUAGAUACCAACCAGAAUCAUCAAAAGGGGCAAUGGAGAAAAGCACCACCUCGCUUGAGGAUAUUUCAUCCCUCGAUUUGAAAACGAGUAUUGAUAUCACAGAGGCUCUACGUCUGCAGAUGGAAGUUCAGAAAAAGUUACAUGAGCAACUCGAGAUCCAACGAAAUUUACAGUUAAGAAUAGAAGAACAAGGGAAGUACCUUCAAAUGAUGUUUGAAAAACAAUGCAAGUCAGGCAAUAACCUGAAAGCAUCCACAUUGGAUGAGUCUCCAUUUUCAGAUACGGUUGAUGAUUUCUCUGCCAAAACAGAGCUGGAAACUUCCCAGGUGGAAAUUUGCACAGCCCGCACUGAUCCAUGUGAUGCUGACACAAUAUCCGAAAAUGUUACUAACGUAGAAGGCGGGAAGCCAGAAGCUCGGAAUAGAAAAGUCCCCGAAAAUACCGAGCCAGACGUUUCAAAAUCUAGCUCCCAGCUAUCAAAGCGCCAAAGGACAGAGAAUUAGGCUGUGCUGUUUCAGGUCUGUCUUCUUUGUAUUGUCCAAAGUCAUUACUGAAUCUUGAAAAUGCCAGUGUAGGUUGCGGGAAAGGGUAGGUACCUGGUUUUGGCUUUGAGUAUCACUUAGGCAUAUUAGAUAUAAAUGGUCUCACAUUCUAGUUUAUUAGCAAAGACUGAAAUCCAAGUUUUGGUUACAUCAUUCUCCUGUACACAGAGAUUGUACACUCAGUAGCAGCUUUAGUGCUGAGUUGAUUUCAAUAUGCAACAGCAAGGGUUCUCUGUUAGAAAUUGCUGUCAACAUUUGUGUAAUUCAACCAAAAAAAAAAAAAAAAAAACUCUUAUCUCUAAUAAUCUAAGUAAGUUUUUUGGUUUA